GCUCUCCUGAUUCUUAGAUCGUGUGUGAAGAUUAUAUGCAACUUUAAAGCCACUUCCAUCAUUUUUUUUUAUUAUUUGCAUCAAAUUGUAUCAUAUUCGCUUAUCUAUCUGAUGCGUAAUUACGGAGCCGACUCGUAAAAUAGUCAUGGAUUCAGACGACAGUGAUGAUGAUUUUGGCGAGAAUUGGGAUGCCUUGCAAACCAUAACAAAGUUCGAUGGAGUUCGAUCGCAAACCACUAAUCUAGCCUCGACCGAACUGGUCACCAAUGGGCUGCAGAGUCGAGUAGCAGCAAAAACUAGCACGCCUGUUUCCCUACUGGUGGAAAGUUUAGUGCAGCAAUUGUGUGCCCUACUAGAAACGGACCCCCAACGGUCGAAAGACUUGUAUCAAAAAAUCUGCCAGCGAUUGCAUGCCAUCAAUCUGAUUGACGAAACGUACGCUAUGGGUGAGUUCGAGAUGAUGCGUAGUCAGUAUCAGAAGGCUCUCUAUCAGCUUGUCAGCAUUGCACGUGGAAAGAACCUACCGGUUGCAGUAUUGGAAAAUAUUUGGCCCUUGCAACCAUCAGUGGGUCUCGAUUGGUCACGCUAUCACCGGGAAUUUACCGAGCUAGAUUUUAUAGCCGGUGGUGGCUUUGGGAAAGUUUAUCGAGCCAAGAAUAAUCUGGACGGAAUUAUUUACGCGGUCAAGAAGAUUACGAUUCAGGCCACCACGAUUAAAAAUGUGCUGGUGCAUUUGGCCGAGGUCAAAACGCUGGCUAGUCUGAAUCAUAUCAAUAUUGUCCCCUACAAGGCGGCAUGGUUGGAACCACUGCUAGCGACUGGCGCUGAAGUCAAUGGGGAACAGUCAUCGAAGGAAUCUGGUCAGGAUGCGAGCUCACUGGAAGAAGAUGAAGAAGAAAUGGGUGAAGAAUCUUCCAACGGGUUUUUGUUUAGUUAUAUAUCUGGAGUACAGUCAAAAUCUCAUCGUCGGAAGUCUUCGUUAGACGACUCACUCAAACGCCGAGACGACACGGACGAUUUCAGCAUCCAAUUUGAGGACAGUCAGGGGGAAAGUUCGGAUAAACAGCAGCAGCUGGCCGAGCUUGAGGAAGCUCGUGGAAGCGUUUUCAGUAUUGAGGAAUCACAGCCUCACGUUAAGCUAAAAUGGGCAACACUCUACAUUCAGAUGACGUUGUGCCACCUUACGCUGCGAGAAUGGCUAGAUGACCGGAAUCGGUUCGAUUGUUUCGAGCAGUUUUAUGCUGGAUUCAUACGACGACCUCCUCGGAAUUGUCCGACCAGUGCCAUUCCGAAAAAUUCAUUUUGCCGACAAACCUCAUCUAGAAGCGGGGAUAUUAUAGAACCACAGGGACCAACUACCAGUAAUCUUCCUAGUCCUGCAUCGCAGGAAGUAAAUAAUUCUCCGCAGCAUUUGGACGUUGUUACCGACGUGCUCAAUCAGCUACUUAACGGUCUAACCUACAUUCACUCACGUGGAAUCGUUCAUCACGACAUCAAACCUAGCAAUAUUUUCGUUAGUGUUAGUGACUACGAUCGAUCCAUAUCCAUUCAGUUGGGUGAUUUUGGAUUAGCUUGUCCGCUGCAAAGCUCUCAUACGGGAGCCGGAUUUGGGACGCCCCUAUAUGCUGCUCCCGAACAGCUAGAGGGUAAGUGUGAUCCAAAAUCGGAUAUCUACAGCUUAGGUAUUAUCCUACUCGAGCUGCUACUAGCUUUCGAUACCGAUAUGGAACGGGCUGACAUGAUUAAACAGGCAAGAAAGGGUCAAUUUCCGACGGAUUUGGAUGUAGAAUAUCGUGAUCUGUUGAAAAGCAUGCUUAAUACAAGACCAAUCAAACGACCGGAUACAUUUGCGCUGACCGAAGCGGUCAACUGUAUGAAGUUAAACCGUGAUAGGGUGAUUUCGAACCUACGGAAGAGUUUGUCGGAGCAAGAGGAAGAAAUUCAAACGUUGAAGAAGCGAAUUGACCAGCAGAACCGGCAGCGGCAGGAUUCGCUGGAUGAGAUGACCCAGCUGGAGGAAAGAACUAGCGAGACGCUGGUAGUGAAGGAGCAGGAAAUAAUUAUCAAAACGAUGGAAAUUGAAAGCAAAACCCUACAGUUGCGGUCCAAAGAGUUGGAAAUUCGUACUAAAGAUGCGGAGAUUAAUCGUCUCAAGCAACUGCUGCGGACGUAUCAGGAGAAGGAUAGUGUUUUGCCCGACAAGCGCGACAAUUAAAAGUGGUUAUAGAUUUGGACUUGUUCAAAUCAGUGAGUCAUUGUGUGUUUUAGAUAUUAACUAGAGUGAAAAAAGACAAAACAUGGUUUAUUAUGGAUAAGCGUUAAUAGAUUUGUAAUAAACCGAUGUUUCUACAAAA